GGCAAGUGUAAUCAAGACGUUCUUUGAGCCACCUCAUGAACUCCGUAAGGAUUCAAAGUUUUGGGCCUUAAUGUUUUUGGUUCUUGGAACGGCAUCUUUGUUGGCCAAUCCAUCAAGAGCAUAUCUUUUUGCAGUGGCAGGAUGUAGGCUAAUAAGAAGAGUCUGAGCAAUGUGCUUUGAGAAGGUGGUUUAUAUGGAAGUAAGUUGGUUUGAUGAAGGUGAGCACUCAAGUGGUGCAAUUGGUGCAAGGCUUUCUACGGAUGCAGCAUCUUUGAGAGGGCUCGUUGGAGAUGCUCUUGGUUUCGUUGUUCAGAAUACAGCAACUGUAAUUGCUGGGCUGAUCAUUGCUUUUGUUGCAGAUUGGCAACUGGCUCUUAUAAUCCUUGUUCUGUUACCUUUAUUAGGAGUAAAUGGAUAUAUUCAAGUCCAAUUCACGAAAGGAUUCAGUGCAGAUGCAAAGAAAAUGUAUGAAGAUGCGAGCCAGAUAGCCAAUGAUGCUGUGGGGAGUAUUCGGACAAUUGUUUCCUUCUGUGCUGAAGAGAAGGUGAUUGAGUUGUACCAGAGAAAGUGUGAAGGCCCUAUUAAGAAUGGGAUAGGACAAGGGAUAGUUACCGGGAUAGGUUUUGGAUUAUCAUUCUUCUUACAGUUUUCAGUGUUUGCCUUAAGUUUUUAUACUAGAGGUCUACUUGUUUCAGCAGGCAAGACAACAUUCUCUGCUGUUUUCCAGGUUUUCUUUGCUCUCAUUAUGACUUAUAUCGGACUUGCUCAGUCGACCUCCCUGGCACCUGAUGUAAGUAAAGGAAAGGCUUCUGCUGCUUCAAUAUUCGCAAUACUUGACCGGCAAUCAGAAAUAGACUCUAGUGAUAACUCGGGGAUGACUGUAGAACACUUGAAGGGAGAAAUUGAAUUUCACCAUGUCAGUUUCAAGUAUCCUAGUAGACCUAAUGUGGAAAUUUUCAACAAUCUUUGCUUGACCAUUAGUCAUGGCAAGACAAUUGCUCUGGUUGGUGAAAGUGGAAGUGGGAAAUCAACAGUGAUCUCAUUGAUUCAAAGAUUUUACGACCCUGAUUCAGGACACAUUACAUUGGAUGGAAUCGAAAUCCAGAAACUGCAAUUGAAAUGGUUGAGACAGCAAAUGGGGCUGGUGAGCCAGGAGCCUCUGCUGUUUAACGACCCUAUCCGAGACAACAUUGCAUAUGGAAAGGAUGGAGAGGCAACCGAGGCAGAAAUUAUAGCUGCAGCAGAACUAGCAAAUGCUCACAAGUUUAUUAGUAGUUUACAAUAUGGUUAUGAUACAAUAGCAGGAGAGCGAGGAGUCCAACUGUCUGGUCGACAGAAGCAAAGAGUAGCUAUGGCGCGAGCUAUAAUGAAGGCACCAAAGAUAUUACUGCUAGAUGAAGCGACCAGUGCUCUUGAUGCUGAAUCCGAACGAGUGGUUCAAGAUGCGUUGGACCGAGUUAUGGUGGACGGAACCACAGUUGUGGUUGCUCAUCGGUUAUCAACAAUCAAGGGUGCAGAUUUGAUUGCAGUUGUGAAAAAUGGAGUCAUUGCAGAGAAAGGGAAGCAUGAAACUUUGAUCAAUAUCAUGGAUGGCAUUUAUGCUUCUUUGGUAGCAUUACAUAUGCAACUACCUAUUCUCAGAUAGCUUCAUGUUCUUGUCAGUUAAUGUAGCAAAAGUAGCUAGUGAAGGUAAAGCAACAUGUUAGGGAAUUCCCUGCAGUUGUAAAUUACCAAGAGGCAUGUAUCAUUU